GUGAUUGCUAUACUGAGUUUUAGAAAUGUGUUUGAAAUGGAUAAAACUAAUUAUUUUCAUAAAAGACUGAGUUUUUUGCGUAGUGAGAUAUAGUACAAUAUGUGUCGUAUAAGGUUUUUGUAAUUUGUGUUGUGAUUUUAAUGAUUGAUGUAACGAACCAGUGUACGGCAAGAUGGACGAAUUGUCUAAGGGCAUGACACAAACAGGAAACACCGCUACAACUGACAAAAUUCAAGAAAAUGAUGAUGAUGGCGUAAAGCGUGGUUUGCGGCACGCACGCCAACUAUGCUAGCGUUGGUAGAACAACUGCGGUCAUACCUCGGUGGAGGAUGCUCGUCGACUCCAUUAGUGUACGUGAAUGAGACGUGUUUGGAGUGUGAGAGGGUGCGCGCGGCUUGCGAGCGGCUGGGCACGGUGGCGGUCGCUCCAAGCCCAGAAGCUCUGCCGCCGUCUCAGCAGCCCCCCGCCCCACCUUCCUACGUCAUCACUUCACCAUUUGACGGUGAUCUGUUUGACACUGCACAUAGAGCGAAAUACAGGGUGCUGGGCCCUACAGCAGUGCUGCAGCUGUCGGAGCGCGAUGAGCCGGCGCCGGCGACCGCGCGCCCGCUCUACUCGCUCGCGAUGCGCGGCGCUGUCAUAUGUUUCUCAGGAUUCCGGAAAAAGGAUGAACUUACGUACCUGAUAACCCUGAUCCACUAUAUGGGCGGGUCGAUCCGCAAGGACAUGUCGAGUAAAGUGACGCACCUGAUCGCGGCCGCGGCGACGGGCGACAAGUACCGGUAUGCGUCGGGCUUCGGCCUGCCCGUGCUGGCGCGCUCCUGGGUCGACGCCUGCUGGGAACGCCGCGACGACCCCGCCUGCCUAGCCACUGAUGAUGACGUCAUUAAGGAACACAAAUUAAAAGUGUUCGCGGGCGCUCGCGUCUGCUUUGUGGGUUUCCCUGAAGAUGAGACCCAGCACAUGGCGGAGGUGCUCGCCAGCAAUGGCGGCGGCACCUGUCAGCUGGACGACCCUGACUGCACGCACGUCGUAAUGGCCAAUGGGGAGACUUUCGGUCGUUCGCUUAUCCUAUCGCCCCACCCCAGUACACCUAACUCCACGAAACCAUCCCGCAGCACUCCCAACAACCGGUCCCAGUCCACUCCCAAGAGCUCCCUGUACCGCCGCCUGUCGGCGCGGCUGUCGGGCCGCCGCGCUAGCCCCAGCAAGCGUAACGAUGUCAGUGCCGACGUAUCGCACGAUGAGCGAGAGCAACGCUUGCAGUUAGCUCGGAACAGUAUUAGAGAUAAACACGCCAAAGCUGUUUGCAAAGAUCAAACAGAUGACUUCAGUAUUAGCUUUGUAGGAAAAUCGUUUACCGACGACUUAUAUUAUAAUUAUGACAAUACUAAAAGUCCCCCACACGUUGAACGUGUUGAGUUGCGCAAAAUUAAUAUUUCCGAUAAAGAGAAUAACAAAAACCUGUCUCAGCUCGUCCAUGGGGCAGACAGAAUUAACUCCAAAGACAAGAGAGAAGUAUUUAGAAAUAAGUCUAUGAACGUUUUUAACUUAGUUGAUUGUCUCACUGAAGCGGGAUCUUUACACUCGUCACUCACGAAGAGUUUGUGUGAUCUCGACUCCAAAGAUGAACCAGUAUUCUUGUUAGCCAACUCAACUGUCGGCAAAGAACUGCAACAGUCGACAACUACAAUAUCGUCUGGCAAAAAAAGAAGUCGUAACUCUACAGAUUCUAAUUUCCAAGUGAGCACAGUUGAUGCUAACUUAUCACCAGACAAAUGUGAAGAAAGUAACUGGAAGUCUAUUAAAAGGCUUAAAAUUAAAGACUCUUUUAAAUUUAAAAAUAGGCCGACAAUAUUCAAAAGAACGAAAAAAGAUUCGGUUACUAAAACGUCCGGAGAAAUUGUAGUGGAGUCCGUGAGUCCAGACAGCGUCAAGCCUACUGACCCAGCUGGUGAAUUUAUAGCUUCCACAUCGUCACCCAUCAAAGAAGAUGAUAAUGCUUCUAUUUGUUCAAUGAACACAAGCAAACAGUCAGGAUUUUUUGAUAUAUCAUUUGCUUCAAUUAGAAGUUCAAAAACUGUAAAAUCCGCUUCAAAACUACGAAGAAGUGUGAAGUCAUUUACAGCUUCGUUUAGGAGCGAAAGAAAAAAGAAAUAUGAAAAGCGAGCAGAACGUAAUACUGUAGAAGUCGACGCGAGCCAUUUACCUUCAGAUCUCAAAAACGUUUCUACACCAAAGAGGGUAUUUGAUGGAAUGAAUUUAGAUAUUUCCCCAGUACAAGUAGAUACAGUGGACAGCACUGACCUAGCUACCCCGGUCAGAGACAGAGAUGCUGAUGUAGAUGAAUUGGAUGAUUCCACCGUAUUUAAAACCCCACAAAGCCUAUGGCUCCGAACUCAUCGCCAUUCAAUUUGCGGCGGUUCCGAGCUGCGUAUGAGUAGCGCGCUGAGCCUAGCGUCGGCGUCGCCGCGCCUCGGCCGCGCCGGCCUGCCCCCGCCCGCCCCCGCCGCCCCGCCCCCGCCCGCCCCCGCCGCCCCUCCCGCCUCCCGCUCCGCCCGCGACCAGCCGCCGCCCGCCUCGACGCCCCCCAUCCGCGACGCCCACACCAUAUCGCAAUGCCAUGGAAUAUCGCUGCCGGUUGUCGAUGAGCACAAUACAGUGGUUGCGCCGGAUUGUUCGACGCGGGUGCAUGUCGUCAAGGCCGAAUGGUUCUGGGCCUCCGUGCAAAACGAGGAGGCGCAAGAUGAGCGAGAUUACCUAUUCAAAGACUACUUGGACGAGGUGUCGCGGCGCUCGUCGCUGGGCGGCGCGGGCGCGGUGGCGGCGGCGGAGGAGGCGGCGGCGGACGCGGCCACGCCGUCGCACCUGCAGCGCCUGCGCAAGCGCAAGCUGCGCGGCGGCGACUCCGCGCUGCACAAGCGCCGCUCCUCCGUGGGCGACGCCGUGCUGCUCAGCCUGUCCGGCAACCUGCUCGACUGCACCCCCUCGCCCGACGGCAAGCAGCUGCUCGAGGAGUCUGAGGUCCCCGACACGGUUGUCAGGAAGCUGCUCUCGCCUCGUCAGCAAGUGUUUAUGGAGCUGCUACAGACAGAGUCCAAUUAUGUCGGAAUAUUGCACACAAUAGUUACGAUGUUUAAGCAACCGUUGGAGGAGAUGGCCGAGGACGACAAUAGUAAUGGCAAGAAUCAAGCAUUGCUCAAUAAUACUGAACUCAAAAUUAUAUUUGGAAACUUACCGCCUAUUUAUGAAUUACACCAGCGCAUGUUAGAGGAGCUGCGGUUCGCGCAGGCGCACUGGAGCGAGGAGACGAGCAUCGGGCGGCUCGUGCUGCGCUACACGCCCGACAUGGUGAAGGCCUACCCGCCCUUCGUCAACUUCUUCGAGAAUACCAAGGAGAUGCUGCAACAGUGCGACCGUGAGAACCCAAGAUUUCAUGCAUUCCUGAAAAUCUGUCAAACCAAGCCAGAAUGUGGCCGACAAAGUUUACAGGAGCUACUAAUAAGACCAGUGCAGCGAUUACCUAGUAUAAGUUUAUUACUUGAUGACAUACUGAAGCACACGCACAAGAACAACCCCGACCACGGCGCGCUGGUGCAGGCGCUGGCGGGGCUGCGCGAGGUCAUGUCGCACAUCAACGAGGACAAGCGCAAGACCGAGGGACAGCUGCAGAUGUUCGACAUCUACAACGACAUCGACCAGUGCCCGGCCCACCUGGUGUCGUCUCACCGGUCGUUUGUAUCGCGCUGUGAAGUGGUGGAGCUCUCCAAGGAGCUGUCGGGCCGGGGGGACCACCUCGUGCUGUUCCUCUUCACUGACACCAUGGAAGUCUGCAAGAAACGAUCCAAAGCUUUUAACAGUAAAAGCCCAACGAACGGCACGGGCACGAUGCGGAUAGGCUCGAGCAAGCCGUACCGGCACAUAUCGCUCAUGCCUCUCAGCACGGUCAAGCGCGUCGUCGAUAUCAGGGAAGCUGAAGACUGUCACAACGUAUUUGCGCUGAUGUGCCGCAACAAUCAAGAGCUCAAAGAGAAACUCUAUUCCUUUAUGAUUACUGAUGAAACCGUAGACAAGUCACAUUUUCUUCGACAACUUUGCAGACAAAUGGCUAAUACCGUCUGCAAAGCUGAUGCUGAUAAAUUUCUGGCGUGCCUAGAGUCGCACCAGCUCGACAUCGACACGAGCGAACUGGCGCUCAGCACACUGUCUAAGGUGUCCAAGUUCGCCGCCCGCACCAGGAUCAAGCUGGAGGCGCUGGCGGGGCUGACGGGGCUGCUGCGGCCCGAGCCGGGCUCCGGGCUGCUAGACACAUGGGUAUUGCGCGCUCACUUACUCGCACAGGUGGGUCGUGCGUUUUCGUUUAACAAAACGCCGUCGAAGCUGAAGCGCGCGAUGUCGUCGAUGAUCUCGCCGUUCGGCUCCACCUCCAACCUCACGCCCGCCUCGCAGCUCGCGCAGAUGAGGCUCGCCAGCUGUAAUAAUAUCAACGAGAUGGGCACGAGCGGCGGCGGCGCGGCGGGCGGCGAGGUGCUGGUGGCGCCGCUGUCGGUGCAGCCGACGCGCAAGGCGGCGGCGGGCGCGGCGCUGCGACGCUUCUGACGCCUCGCGCAGGCGCCGCGCGGCAAGCACUACUCCUUAUUUAUUCUGUAACGCGUCCGGCAGCGCCGCCGGACUGAUGGUGCAACGAGUGCCUUGGAUUGAACCGUGAACGGGUUUGAAUGGAAUUGAUUGUGCAGGUUUAGUAAAUUAUUCGAAAGUAUUUUAAGAAGUCGACAGCCUAUCGAGAUCGAAAACGAGUGUCUACCGUUUAUCAAGGUGUGCUUAGGUGUUGUAAUUAAAUCGUAUAAAUUCAUAAUCAUACAAGAUUUACCCUUGAACAGGGUUAUCGAGCUAUUUGCUCGGCUUUUCCGCCAGUAAAACUCCACUAUUUCAAUGAAUCUUGUAGUUUUAUGAACUUAUAGUAAAAUCGAACUAUUCUCGUUAUAAACUUUGGUCAAUUUAUGGCUUUACCAUCUAGCCACAAUUUUUUCACAUCAACAAAUCAAUACCGCCCUUAGCUCAAUACUACAAAUUUAGUAAAUAUUAUGUGCCAAUGUUUAGUUAAGUAGCAGAUUUCGCAACUUUUUUGCACAAUUACAUCUUUUCAGUCUAUAUAAAUAUAUUUUAGAAGAAUCCUGCAGACAUCUUAAUCAUUGAUUUGUUGAUAAGUGAUAGUUUUUGAAUAUAGAUACUUUGAAUGUAAAAUAUGCAAAUAAAAUAUAAAUAUAAUACGAUGCAAUCGAUGGCCUAAGUUUAGCUAACUUACGAAUUUAUUCAUCUGUCAACAUGUCACAGAAACGUUGCUGAUAUUAUUGAGAUUUAGUUUUUGAAAAUAAUUUGUACAUAUGUGAUAUUUUAAAUAUAUUGUGAAAUAGAUCAUAGCAUACACUAGAUCAUAGUAGAAUACCCACGAUGCAAUCUGAUGGUGAUUCAGAGUUUUUAAUGUUUGCAUUAUACUUUGCUAAUAGACAAUGAAUUACUCAAACGUUUGAAUCAAUCAGGAUGGGUAAAUAGGUGUUGUGUAAAUAGUGUACGGAACAUGAGCAGCUUGUGUAAACUAGGCGCCCUCGAAUGUAUCUUUUAAAUAUAUUAAUUCGCGUCUGUAAGUUAUAUGAGUCUCACUUAGGCUACUGUCAUCAAUCAUGUGUACACAUGUUGCUACAUUGUACAAAAGAACAAUAUUUAUAAAUAUUUUAAAUGAUUGAAUAAACAUUUAUUUUCAAUCA